AUGAGCGUAUCCAACACCCACGAUGCCUCUCAGUCUCGAGCUCCUCUUCCACAAGAUUCUCGCGACCGACUAAUGCAUCUCCUCAACCGCCAAAUAUCAUACAGAGCAUGCGUCGCCAUCUUUUUGUUUCUCGGCUCCGUGGCGUUUAUCACCCCGUUCAAGGAAUAUUACCUUGGCAACUACGUGACAGAUCCGUUCGAUGAAAUUCGAGAUGAAGUUGUAGCCCGAAAACUCAACCAAAUGGGCGUCGUUAUCAGUGGAGCGCACUAUUACGACACUUUUGAGCGCGAAUUGAUCCCACUUUUUGACUUAAACAGCAAAGAAGAGCUCAAUCACUCAACUGCAGAGACACUAGGAUUGAUGGACUUCCUUGUACGAGCCAACGUACGCCGAGACGAUCUACUAUCUGGUUUACCAGCUGAAGUACUAUCUCAACCAGUAAACCUCAUGGUUGACGUCCUAGCGCCGUUGUGUACAGAUUCUGGGUGGGAAACAGACGCUCAGCUCUUGUUUGGCAACUAUUUUCCAGCUAUUCGUCAUGAAUUUUGUCGAGAUUUUUACGAAUUGUUUCCAAGAGACCGAUUUUUCAACCAUAACACGAAAGCGCCAGUAGAUAAAAAUCUAGCGAACACUGGAAAUGCUAGCCUGGGUCUCAUCGCAGUAGUAAACAUGUCAGAAGUCUACCUACGCCACUUUAACGACGAAAACGUUGUUCGGAAGAUCAUGAAAAAUGUGCAAGAAGGUUACAUGGAGUUGGAGCUUUCUGGAUACACCGACGAAGCGGCUGAUGCAAUUGUGGAUCGGUAUAGUAAAGGGAUCUCCGUAGCCGACGUUGUCGCUUUGUUACCAGCUUCGUUUGAUGCUGAUCACGUGGCGUUAGUUGAUGUUCUUGGUGUCAGUGCGUUGCUCAAAUAUUAUCUCGAGUCACAAGAGUUGACAAUGGGGAAAAAUGUGAAUGGAGAAGCUGCGAUCUCGGCUGAAGUAACCCACGCGACUACUUCGUAUUUUACAUCGGAUUUUCUGUCUAGUACAGUCGGAAUGAGCUACGUGUCGACUACACACCUCGCCUUGUUCUGGGAGUGUUCAAUUCAGCACACAUCGAUGGUCAAGACGAUCACAGUUGACGAUGUGGAUGCGACUGCGCUAAAACAAUGUGGGAGCGACAUGGGUAGACAUCUUCCGACUUUUAUUGUAAAUCUCAUGUUUCUUUUUCAACCUAAGGAGCGAGACUACACUACUCUGGACAAUACGACAGUCUACACAUUGGGUCGAAGGCGCGAGUCUGAUUCCGACUAUAAAGCUCUAGAAGUCCCUGAAAUUCUUGACGAUUCUGCGAUCUUUUCUAUUGACGGAUCGAGUUGGUCUAAGGCGAAAAAGAAUAUUUCGUCAACUAAAGAAAUCUCAACAACUCCGUAUGGGUAUUUGUAUACACCUGACUGUAAACGGUUAGUCACUCAAGCGUUAAGUCAGAGCGGACGUAAUGUACAGAAGUAUCAAGCCUAUCUAGGAGAUGGUCUGGGUAAUUGUGCAUUCCGAGAUUCACAAGAAACAGAUCUACAAACUCUAUGCAGAUUAUUUAUGACAUCGGACGAAGUUUUAUUCCGUGAUCUGGAUGGAAAUCUGGUAACAAUUCCUGCUUGUGCGUCAUUAAUGGACACUUCUGUAAGUGAAGAGGACCAGAUUCUUCAGCAAGAAAAUCUACGACAGAUUGAGUGGUUUAUGAUCGAUACAACGACUUUAACUAGACGAAUCCGUAUCAUCGAUAACACCAGUCGACAAAUACGGACAUUCCUGUUGAUGCUGAACUUCAUCGGCGCCUCUCAUUAUGCUCUUCAGUAUAUCUACAUCCUCAAGAGUAUCUGGGUUUUCAUCACCAAUAGUGUCCUACAACCUGCUGCAGAGGAACGAACACGUCUUGCUAGUAUGGAAAGUAUGCACUACAAGCCAUCUCCUGUCGUUCGACUCGGUAUCCUGGAGCUAUUGAUGUGUGAUCCAGCCGAUGGAGCACUAGAACAUCCACUUACGAUGGUACUAAUGUAUCUAGGCGCAAUUGGAUCUUUGAGCAACAUCUUCAGACCAGAAUGUACCGCCAAUCUGUCGAAUACAGGAGCUGGUAUAGUGAUUCACUGUGUACCUGCUAUCCCCGUUAGUAACUGGAAUUUGGUACUAACGACACUCAGCAGUAGUUACUGGGUCAUCCGUGUGACGUUGCAGUCUCAAUCACUGGCGAUGCGUCUGGAUCACGUAGUUCGAGACAAUUUUAUCCGCUUCUGGUUCACUAACGCAUGUGCAGUACUUGUUAUCCACUUUACAUGCAAGGGGCUUGCUGAUGUUGUGUUUAAAAACGUCGAAUUGAGCUCAGAUCCGCAUAUAUACGCGAUUUUAGGAGGUCUGGGCAUGGCCUUGGCUAUUUCAUUUGGAUUUAUCCUCGUUCAUUUAGCUGGGACAGACCAAGAGCGGUUAACCGCUUUUGUCCAACAAAAAUCUACGAGGACAUUAUGGAAAGCAGCAAAGGACAGAGCAGCAAGUUACCGUGCGUUCGUGGCCAAAUGGAGCACGAAAGACCUCGACUCGGUGCUGUAUCACUGUGCGUCGCCGCAAAUUGCACGUCAGUUGCAGAUUUCCAGCCUACCAGAGGCAACAGAGCAUCAGGCCAGAAAACAAGGCAGACCGUCUGAGGACAGCCAACAUUCAUCACUUCGAAUCAACGACUUUGUCGCUGUACACUGCGCCGGUGGGGCACAUUUACACUUGCAAAGUGUCAAAUGGUAUCUGACAUCCGAUGGAAGUGGUGGGGUCACAACGGUUGAACCGCCAGUAAGACACCCUCGGGUGUACACUGUAGACAACAAUCCCACAGACUGCAGCAAGGACGCACCAAGGCAAGAAUAA